UAUAUAUGUAGUAGUCUUUUCAAGUGAUAAUCAUUCUAUUAAAGUUGAGUUAUCACAAACUAGUUAUAUCAGUUGGUCCACGAGGAAAACAAGAUGUAAUGCAUAAAUUAUGUUAGUCUUAAGUGCAAUUUGUCUAUAUUUGCUGAAUAUGGAUUUCCAGUCUUUUCAAUAUUUGGCUCUGUUUACCCUCUAAGGAAUAAAGAUGUAAACUGUAUGUAUGAUACUGUGGUGACAUCACUCAUAUCACACACCAACUGUCAAUCAAAGAAGAAAAUGAGGCGCUCGGCCAAUAGCAGAGAAGAAUUAAAAUCGCGCAAACAAAGAUUUCACGGAUUGGAGCAUAAAUAUAACCUCCGACUCAACAUCGUCUUAGCUACGGUUUCCAGGCUGGAUAACACCGAGCUUAGCAGAGAAUCUUCCCUUUGAUGGCGGUCGAGCCGAACGAAUCAAUCGCUCCCGGUACCAUCAUAUUAUAUGCCCCUGUCUGUGUCGUGCUGAGUUCUGUAGGCAAUGACGUUGACAUGACCGAAAUAAUAAAUUUGCUGAACAAGUCUCCACAGUGUGUUUAUGCAGGCUUUGAUCCUACUGCAAACAGCCUUCAUGUUGGGAACCUCCUUGUCAUUAUUAAUCUCUUACACUGGCAACGUAGCGGCCAUAAGGUUAUAGCAUUGUUGGGAGGUGCUACUGGCUACAUUGGUGAUCCAAGUGGAAGAAGUACUGACCGUGUGGCCUUGGAAGCUGAUGUUAUAAAUCAGAAUAUCACAUGCAUCAAAAAGAAUCUAGAAACUGUGUUUGAGAACCAUUACAAGUACAUUUGGCCAAAAAAUGAAGACUUCUUGAAACCAUUGAAAAUAGUGAACAAUGAGACUUGGUACAGAGAUAUAGAUGCUAUCAAGUUUGUGAGUGAGAUUGGUCGCAAUUUCCGGAUGGGCACGAUGCUGCUAAAGCAGAGUGUGCAAUCUAGGAUACAGUCAGCUGCUGGAAUGAGCUUUACAGAGUUUGCAUAUCAGAUAUUCCAAUCUUAUGAUUGGUUGCAUUUGUUGAAGGAAUUCGAUUGCAGAUUUCAGAUUGGCGGUAGUGAUCAAAUGGGGAACAUAAGUGCUGGUCAUGAACUCAUUAGUAGAACUGAAAACAAAACUGUUUAUGGUCUGACACUGCCACUGGUCACAACAGAAGAAGGUGACAAAUUUGGCAAAUCUGCAGGCAAUGCUCUUUGGCUGGACCCUGAAAAAACUAGUCCAUUUAGUUUAUAUCAAUAUUUUAUUAGAACAAAGGACUCGGAUGUGGAACGUUUACUGAAAUUAUUUACAUUUUAUAGUUUAGGAGAAAUCAAAGACAUAAUGUUCAAACACAAACAACAUCCCCAAGAGAGGUACCCACAGAUGUGUUUAGCUGAGCAACUAACAACUCUAGUACAUGGAGAAGAGGGAUUGUCGCGAGCGAUUAAAGCGACCGAGGCGAUAUACAGCAAGGACGUGAGAGCGCUGGUGUCGUUGAGUUCGGAAGAACUGGAGCAGGUGUUCGAGGGAGCGCCCGUAGUCACGUUGCUGUUGUCGCCCGGCAUCACGGUGCUAGACCUCGGGUUGAAAGCAAAGUGUUUCCCUACAGAAAAUGAUGCAAUAAGGAUAAUCAAUGCCGGCGGCUUCUACAUAAACCAUCAGAGGAUGAAGAAAGUGGACGAAGUCAUAACAGAAUCUGCGCAUAUUUUGCCAAAUCUCACUUCUCUGCUAAGAGUAGGCAAACGAAAUUAUUACAUUGUUAAAUGGCAAACAUAAUUAAUAUAUUACAAUCUCAAAUACCUACAAGGAUUUCAUUCU